AUGAGCAGAUUAUGUUUGUCCACAAGGAUCAAUAUUUCGCAAGCCCGUGUGACCUCGCAUGCCAACACCUACGUCCUCCACGGCCAGGCGCUGCAGCCGUCACCAGCGAGCCCUCGCAUGCAAAUAACGCUUGCAAUGGAACACAAGCGCCGCACGGACCGCGGAGGCAGUUCAUUGCUUGCAAAGUGGGCAACCCGCUCGCAACCCCUCAGCGCGGCGAUGCGCAAUCUACCUCACACGCGCGCCUUCUACCCUCGGGAAGGACGCGGCGGGCCGUUGGGUGCGUCCGUCGGAAUGCGUCGGUGGAUGUGCGGGUGCGUCUGGUGCGUGCGGUCGGAUGUGAAAGGCAGCGCCAAUCGCCCGCCAGUCAUUAGCGUGUCUCCCGCAGCACCGCACCGCACGCGGCAGGGCCCUCCGACGCACGCUCCAGGUACCGAGAGGCCUUCCGUCGCACGAGCAGGGUACGGAGCCCAGAGACAGGUCCUCGAAGGGAGUCAAAGCCCUACUAGGCCUAUGGACGCAAAGACGCCCCCUCGACGCGGAGGAACAGGGCCGCAAGACUCAAACGUCGAGAGUUUCACUCAGACACCUAGCCCGCCCGCCCGCCUUCGCCCGCCUUCCCUCCUUGCCUCGGUCCCUCGGUCCCUCGGUCCGGACGCUCGCCAGCAGCUCAACCGCCUGCCGGGGCCCUCCCCCCUCCCCCUCCUCCCAGACAACCCCCUGGGCCCGCGGCUGGAUGACGACCGCCUGGAAAACGACUGCCUUCAGCGCCUUCCCCGGCCACUGGAGGAACUCCCGCUCCCGCCGAGGCGCUGCAUCACGACUCCACCAACUGUUGAUACAGUUGUUGGCAGAGGGCGGGCGGGCGGGCGGAGAGAACGGUCGACGCUCCUUCCUUCGCUCAGGCCUGGCCGGGCUGCCCACACAAUGGCGGCGCGAAGGCCCCCAUACGUCACGCGCACCAGGCCAGCCCGCCUGCCAGCCUGCCAGGCCUACUCGUCCCCUACCUUGCCCCUGGCCACCUCGCCUUCCCCAUCGCCCCUGGCCACCCCCACCCCCACCCCGUCGCCCCACAAAGUCCUCCAGAAGCUCGGUGCAAGUCAUGCCACAUUACCCAUUACCUCUCGGGGCAAGCGGGUGCCCUUGGCUGUUCCCAUUUUUUUCCGAACUGCCCCUGAUCGCCUCCCGACGGCCGAUCCAUCAGCGCGAGCUCAGGCCCCGGGCGCCCGGCGCAUCCAGCGGGCGAGCGGCCGCACUCUGCCUCGAGACGGCGUCCCCAGACCACCUCCGCCGUCGUCAGCCGCAGAUGAAAGUCAGGCGCGGUGGCCAUUCACCCGCUCCACUACGGUUAGUUUGGACUCACGGCGCGCCCCCGCCCCUGCCCCCACGCCCCCUCCCGCCCUCGGAACCAUUCACUAUGACAGCGACAAAAAUAAAAGCGAGAAGAUACACGCACAGCCCCGCACAGCCAGCGACGCAAAGGUUCCCGAGUUCACCUGCACCUAG